CUUUAACAUGUGCUAUACGGUACUAUGGUGAUAAAGAUACCUGUUUAGGUAUUAUAUCAUUAUUAAUACAACAUGGUGCUGAUGUUAAUCAGGUUGACGGGUAUCGCACACCUUUAACAUGUGCUAUAGAACACCAUAGUGAUAAAGAUACCUGUUUAGGUAUUAUAUCAUUAUUACUACAACAUGGUGCUGAUGUUAAUCAGAUUGACAAGAUGUACUCACCUUUAACAUGUGCUAUACGGUACCAUGGUGAUAAAGAUACGUGGUUAGGUAUUAUAUCAUUAUUACUACAAAAAGGGGCUGAUCCUACCCAGAGUGUCAAAACAACAACGCCUUUAAUGUAUGCCGCCCAAUACGCCCACUAUAUAGAUAUUGUUAAAUUAGUGCUUGUGGAUAUUGUUAAUGUAAAUAGAACUAAUGAUCGGGGUUUAUCAGCUUGUAGACAUUGUUUUGUAAAAACGAUGGAACUUAAAUAUAAUAGGACCUGGGUGAGUAAAAGGGAUUUUAAAACUACUCUGGCUAUCUUUAAACUUUUAGUCGAGUCUGGUGCUAAUUUGGUUGCUAAUGGUCCCGAACUACUGUACGAUAUUAUGAAAUUCGGUCAAUUAAAUAUUUUUGAGUAUUAUAUAGGAUUAAAGCCAUUAGUGGAUAGUUUUACUGAAACAACCAAUCGAAACAUUUUUCAUCUUUUGGCUCAAGUGAAAUAUGAAUUUACACCAGAGAAGUUUAAUUGGUUGUUUAAUUAUAAUAUUGAUAUAAAUCAUAAAGAUUCUCUAACUAACACUCCUCUUAUUAUUGGAGCUUUCUUAUUGAACCAUAAAUACCUGGACUUGAUAACAAAAUACAGUCCUACACGUGAUGUUAAUAUACCAAACAAUAAAGGUCAUACAGCCAUACACAGUGCUGUAAUCGGGUGCCUAUUAUCUAAGUCUAGACUGAACCAAACUGGAAAUUUGAUGGACGAUUCACUGAGUGAACACUAUAAAACUUUUCAAGAAUGUGUCAUACUUUUACUUGAUGCUGGUGGAAAUAUUAAUAGUCAGGACAAUAAUGGAAAUACUGCUUUGAUCUUAGCGGCCAAGAAAAAUGAUAAAUUUAUUGUACGUUUACUACUUGAAUUGGGCUCAAAUAUCAGUAUUUUAGAAAACAAAUAUGACACAUCUGCUUUACAAUAUCUAGACCUUGAUUAUAGUAGACAUUUUGUGAAAAUGUUUUUGAUGAGAGGUGGCCAUAAACUUCUGAAUUUACCAGGACCAGAUGGCAAUACACUGAUACAGCGAGCUUUACUUUUCCCUACAUGUUUUGAACCAGAGAAAACUGUUGGUGUAAUAAGAUAUUUAGUUGCCGAAAACUGCUGCCUUCAGCAUCUAACAUCUGUAUCUACUGAAACCAAUUUCUACAAUGACGAUGUUCAUUUAGAUGAUUUUGACAGUAAAGAGAGAAAUAAACUUAGACAACUACUUUAUCGAAGUGGGGCUCCAGAAGAAGAGAUUGUUUCCACUGUUAAUUUCAAAAUGGAGGAUGCGCGAGAUAGAGGAGAUGAGAUGUUUUACUCGGAAAACAGGGAGAAAUUCAAGUUUGUAUGUUUUAACUUAUCUCUUGAAGGAAAGUGUAUAAGACUCAUCAGGCAGAAAUUGGGACUAGAAAUAAAGAAGAAAGUUGAACAACUACAGAUACCUAAACCUCUGGUGAAGAAGAUCUUACUGGUUGAUCUUCUUCCUAAAAAAUACUUUAUCCGUUAUUCCAUGGAUGAUUAUUAUGAUGAGGAUAAUACGAGGGAAGAUACCGAUGAUGAUGAUGAUGAUGAUGAUGGUGAUGAUGAUGAUUUCCGGGAUAGCGAUAAUGAUUUUGACGGCUACGAUUACCAAGUUUAUCUAGGUGGUGAUGACAUACCUGAUGAUGUUAUAGAUGAGGAUGAUACGGGUACGGAUUUUAGUGAUAGUGAUGACAUGAUGGAUGUUGAAGGGUAUGGAUGUUAUAGAUGAGAAAGAUACAGAUAUGGAUAUUAGUGAUGGUGAUGACAAGAUGGAUGUUGAAGGAUGAUUUUGUUAUAGAUGAGGAUAAUAAAGAUAUGGAUGUUAGUGAUGGGGAUGGAUGUUGAAGGAUGGUGUUGUUGUAGAUUAGGAUGAUAAAGAACAGAUGUUAGUAGUGGUCAGGACAAGAUGGAUGAUUGGAUGAUGAUAAUGAUGAUGAAGAGGUGAAUGUUGAUGGGUGACCAUGUCGCGGGUAUAACACAAAUAGUGAUGAUAUCCAUAUAUAGUCCUACUUAAUCAGAAUGGAUAACAUUUUUACAGAGUCAAGAUGGAAAACGUCCUACAUUUCUACACCGAUUGCGUUAAUAAAUACGGGGGGACAUUGUGAUGUACGUCUUACAGACGAAGAAAUUGAUCUCGAAAGGGCAUUGGAUGAUGAUAAUGAUGAUGAUGAUAUACUCCUACGAUCUGGACCACCAUGUUAUUAUUAUUAAUGGUUUAUCACCACCAUGCUAUUAUUAAUGGUUUAUCAACACAAUGUUAUUAUAAAUGGUUUAUCAUCACCCCACCAUAUUAUUAUUAAUGGUUUAUCACCAUCAUGUAAUUAUUAAUGGCGUAUCACUACCAUGUUAUUAUUAAUGGUUUAUCACCACCGUGUUAUUAUUAAUAGUUUAUCAGCACCGUGUUAUUAUUAAUGAUUUAUCCCCACCAUGUUAUUAUUAAUGGCUAUUCAGCACCAUGUUAUUAUUAAUGGUUUAUCAGCACCGUGUUAUUAUUAAUGGUCUAUCACCACCAUGUUAUUAUUAAUGGUUUAUCACCACCGUGUUAUUAUUAAUGGUUUAUCACCGCCAUGUUAUUAUUAAUGGUUUAUCAUCACCGUGUUAUUAUUAAUGGUUCAUCAGCACCAUGUUAUUAUUAAUGGUUUAUCACCACCAUGUUAUUAGUAAUGACUUGUCAGCACCAUGUAGCACCAUGUUAUUAUUAAUGGUUUAUCACCACCAUGUUAUUAGUAAUGACUUGUCAGCACCAUGUUAUUAUUAAUGGUUUAUCACCACCAUGUUAUUAGUAAUGGUUUGUCAGCACCAUGUUAUUAUUAAUGGUUUAUCACCAUGUUAUUAUUAAUGGUUUAUCAGCACCAUGUUAUUAUUAAUAGUUUAUCAGCACCGUGUUAUUAUUAAUGGUUUAUCACCACCAUGUUAUUAUUAAUAAUUUAUCACCACCAUGUUAUUAUUAAUUGUUUAUCACCACCAUGUUAUUAUUAAUAGUUUGUCACCACCAUGUUAUUAUUAAUGGUUUAUCACCACCAUGGUAUUAUUAAUAGUUUGUCAGCACCAUGUUAUCAUUACUGGUUUAUCAGCACCAUGUUAUUAUUAAUGGUUUAUCACCACCGUGUUAUUAAUAAUGGUUUAUCACCACCAUGUUAUUAUUAAUGGUUUAUCACCACCAUGGUAUUAUUAAUAGUUUAUCACCUCCAUGUUAUUAUUAAUGGUCUAUCACCACCAUGUUAUUAUUAAUGGUUUAUCACCACCAUGUUAUUAUUAAUGGUUUAUCAACCAUGUUAUUAUUAAUGGUUUAUAAGCACCAUGUUAUUAUUAAUAGUUUAUCACCACCAUGUUAUUAUUAAUGGUUUAUCACCAUCAUGUUAUUAUUAAUGGUUUAUCAGCACCAUGUAAUUAUUAAUAGUUUAUCUGCACCAUUUUAUUAUUAAUGAUUUUUCAGCACCGUGUUAUCACCAUCAUGUUAUUAUUAAUGGUUUAUCACCACAAUGUUAUUAUUAAUGGUUUAUUGCCACCAUGUUAUUAUUAAUGGUUUAUCACCACCAUGUUAUUAUUAAUAGUUUAUCACCACCGUGUUAUUAUUAACGGUCUAUCACCACCAUGUUAUUAUUAAUGGUUUAUCACCACCGUGUUAUUAUUAAUAGUAUAUCAGUACCGUGUUAUUAUUAAUGGUCUAUCACCACAAUGUUAUUAUUAAUGGUUUAUUGCCACCAUGUUAUUAUUAAUGGCGUAUCACUACCAUGUUAUUAUUAAUGGUUUAUCACCACCGUGUUAUUAUUAAUAGUUUAUCAGCACCGUGUUAUUAUUAAUGAUUUAUCCCCACCAUGUUAUUAUUAAUGGCUAUUCAGCACCAUGUUAUUAUUAAUGGUUUAUCAGCACCGUGUUAUUAUUAAUGGUCUAUCACCACCAUGUUAUUAUUAAUGGUUUAUCACCACCGUGUUAUUAUUAAUGGUUUAUCACCGCCAUGUUAUUAUUAAUGGUUUAUCAUCACCGUGUUAUUAUUAAUGGUUCAUCAGCACCAUGUUAUUAUUAAUGGUUUAUCACCACCAUGUUAUUAGUAAUGACUUGUCAGCACCAUGUAGCACCAUGUUAUUAUUAAUGGUUUAUCACCACCAUGUUAUUAGUAAUGACUUGUCAGCACCAUGUUAUUAUUAAUGGUUUAUCACCACCAUGUUAUUAGUAAUGGUUUGUCAGCACCAUGUUAUUAUUAAUGGUUUAUCACCAUGUUAUUAUUAAUGGUUUAUCAGCACCAUGUUAUUAUUAAUAGUUUAUCAGCACCGUGUUAUUAUUAAUGGUUUAUCACCACCAUGUUAUUAUUAAUAAUUUAUCACCACCAUGUUAUUAUUAAUUGUUUAUCACCACCAUGUUAUUAUUAAUAGUUUGUCACCACCAUGUUAUUAUUAAUGGUUUAUCACCACCAUGGUAUUAUUAAUAGUUUGUCAGCACCAUGUUAUCAUUACUGGUUUAUCAGCACCAUGUUAUUAUUAAUGGUUUAUCACCACCGUGUUAUUAAUAAUGGUUUAUCACCACCAUGUUAUUAUUAAUGGUUUAUCACCACCAUGGUAUUAUUAAUAGUUUAUCACCUCCAUGUUAUUAUUAAUGGUCUAUCACCACCAUUGUUAUUAUUAAUGGUUUAUCACCACCAUGUUAUUAUUAAUGGUUUAUCAACACCAUGUUAUUAUUAAUGGUUUAUCAGCACCAUGUUAUUAUUAAUGGUUUAUCACCACCAUGUUGUUAUUAAUGGAUUAUCAGCACCGUGUUAUUAUUAAUGGUUUAUCACCACUGUGUUAUUAUUAAUGGUCUAUCAGCACCAUGUUAUUAUUAAUAGUUUAUCACCACCAUGUUAUUAAUAAUAGUUUAUCACCACCAUGUUAAUUAUUAAUGGUUUAUCAGCACCAUGUUAUUAUUAAUAGUUUAUCACCACCAUGUUAUUAUUAAUGGUUUAUAAGCACCAUGUUAUUAUUAAUAGUUUAUCACCACCAUGUUAUUAUUAAUGGUUUAUCACCAUCAUGUUAUUAUUAAUGGUUAAUCAGCACCAUGUAAUUAUUAAUAGUUUAUCUGCACCAUUUUAUUAUUAAUGAUUUUUCAGCACCGUGUUAUCACCAUCAUGUUAUUAUUAAUGGUUUAUCACCACAAUGUUAUUAUUAAUGGUUUAUUGCCACCAUGUUAUUAUUAAUGGUUUAUCACCACCAUGUUAUUAUUAAUAGUUUAUCACCACCGUGUUAUUAUUAACGGUCUAUCACCACCAUGUUAUUAUUAAUGGUUUAUCACCACCGUGUUAUUAUUAAUAGUAUAUCAGUACCGUGUUAUUAUUAAUGGUCUAUCACCACAAUGUUAUUAUUAAUGGUUUAUUGCCACCAUGUUAUUAUUAAUGGUUUAUCACCACCAUGUUAUUAUUAAUAGUUUAUCACCACCGUGUUAUUAUUAACGGUCUAUCACCACCAUGUUAUUAUUAAUGGUUUAUCACCACCGUGUUAUUAUUAAUAGUUUAUCACCACCGUGUUAUUAUAAAUGGUUUAUCACCACCAGGUUAUUAUUAAUAGUUUAUCAGCACCAUGUUAUUAUUAAUGGUUUAUCACCACCAUGUUAUUAUUAAUAGUUUAUCACCACAUUAUUAUUAUUAAUGGUUUAUCACCACCAUGUUAUUAUAUGUUCAUGUUUAAUGCUGUAUAAUAAAUGCAGAUAUGAUAAA